AUGCAGCUGCUUGCUGUGCCUUCCUGUCUGCCCCCCUCCACAUCCUUGCCUAUAUAAACCCUGACUCUCCCUCUCCUCCGCACUUCUGCCUUGUAUCUGAAUCCUCAACGUCAGUCGAAGGACAAGCAGACACAAUGCGUGAGUGUAUUUCCAUGCACGUUGGCCAAGCGGGUGCCCAGAUGGGCAAUGCAUGCUGGGAGCUGUACUGUCUGGAACAUGGGAUCCAGCCAGAUGGACAGAUGCCCAGUGACAAGACUAUUGGAGGAGGAGAUGACUCUUUCAAUACCUUCUUCAGUGAGACAGGAGCAGGAAAGCAUGUCCCCAGAGCCAUCUUUGUCGACCUGGAACCUACUGUCAUUGAUGAGGUGCGUACAGGAACGUACCGGCAGCUGUUCCAUCCUGAACAGCUGAUUACAGGAAAAGAAGAUGCUGCCAACAACUACGCCCGUGGACACUACACCAUUGGCAAGGAGAUCAUUGAUCUGGUUCUCGACAGGACUCGUAAACUGGCGGAUCAGUGUACUGGCCUGCAGGGAUUUCUAAUCUUCCACUCCUUUGGUGGAGGCACUGGCUCAGGUUUCACCUCCCUGCUGAUGGAGAGACUCUCUGUUGAUUACGGAAAGAAAUCAAAACUUGAGUUUGCUGUCUACCCGGCCCCCCAGGUCUCCACUGCAGUGGUGGAGCCUUACAACUCCAUCCUGACCACCCACACCACCCUGGAGCACUCCGACUGUGCCUUCAUGGUGGACAACGAGGGGCAGUGCUGUGAGGAGUGA